AUGGCAGAAGUGAAGCUAAAAGGAACAUGGCCUAGUCCAUUUAGUUACAGGGUCAUAUGGGCUCUGAAACUGAAGGACAUACCAUAUGAGUACAUAGAAGAAGAUCUUUCCAACAAAAGUCCCAUGCUUCUGCAGUACAACCCUGUUCACAAGAUGAUCCCAGUGCUUGUUCAUGGAGGAAAACCUAUCUUUGAGUCAGCGGUUAUCCUUCAAUACAUUGAAGAGGUGUGGCCGCAGAAUCCAUUGCUGCCAAAUGACCCUUAUGAAAGAGCUGUGGCACCACGGUUUUGGGUUCAAUUUCCUAAAGAUAAGGGUCCUUGCAUCUGGAGAUUGUUUCGAACCACUGCAGGUGAAGAACAAGAGAAGGCCAAGAAGGAAAGCUUGGAAAUGUUGAGAGCCCUUGAAGAGCAUGGCCUUGGGGACAAGAAGUUUUUUGGCGGAGACAAGAUUGGAAUAGCAGACAUAGCCUUUGGAGGUGUCGCUCACUGGUUGGAAGUGAUCGAAGACUUAGUAGGGGUCAAACUGAUUGAAGCUCACAUAUUUCCUCGUUUGCAUGCAUGGACCAAAAAUUUUAAACGAGUGCCCAUAAUCAAAGAAAAUCUUCCUGAUUACAGUGAGAUGUUACUGUAUUUAACAGGUUUGCUUGAAAGACUUCCAAGAAACUACUCCUCCUCUAAAGGUAAAAAGAUACCUACUAGUGGAUUUGAUCUCAUUUGA